GUUGUCGCUCCUUUAUUCUCUCAGUCUGUGUAUUCGUCCUCAGUGCUGCUGGAGUUAAAGAUGUCUUUCUGUAGGUUUCCAGCCUUCACAGCAAACAAGAGAAUGAAGAACCGGGCGCUGAUCGUGUCGGUGGAGAGCUUCUAUCCGGACGCACUUCUCAGAAACAGACCUGGAGCCAAGAAAGACACGCAAAGACUUCACAAGAUUCUGAUGAAACUCGGCUUCUCUGUGGACAUCAAAGUGGACGUGGAAGCGGGAGAGAUUAUUGAGGCUUUCAAACAAGAGAGCGAGCAGACGGUCAAGGAGUGUUUUGUGGGCAUCAUCUCCAGUCAUGGUGAAGAAGGUGUUGUGUUUGGUUGUGAUGGACGUGCUGUGAAACUGGCCGAGAUCUACAGCUGCUUCAGAGGCCCGACAAUGAAGGACAAGAGCAAACUCUUCCUCAUCCAGGCUUGCAGAGGUGGAGAUUUGGAUGGAGGUGUGCAGGUGGAGACCGACUCUUCAUCCUCAGAGGAACAGGACAUCAUGUCUGAGCUUCUUUCCAUUCCUAUUGACACUGCAGUAACAUACGCCACUUCACCAGGCUACGCUGCAUUCAUGCAUCCUCUGGGCUCGGUGCUGAUUCAGACUCUCUGUGAUCUGCUGGAAAGCGACGGAGGUUCAGAUCUGGAGAUCACCAAACUUCUGACUCGACUGAACCACCACGUGGCCUACAACUUCCAGGCCAGAGGGAAAAUACUGGGCGGGAAAAAGCAGAUGCCGUGCUUUGUGACGCGCUUCACUAGAGAGGUUUUCCCAUUCAGGAAAGCUGCGGCAGAAGAUUUGAACUUGACUUUCGCAGCCACGCAACUCAUCGAUAAACCCAGGAGAUCACGGAAAACAUCCAUCAGCUGAAGAUCACAGAAAUAAGACUGACUGUGGAUAAAACUGAUGGAGGACGUGCUUUAUCUUAGAUAAACUUUUGUAUAUAAUCUCAACAUGCAUCUCAGGAGAUUGAUAAUGAAUCCACUGACGUCAUCUCACGUAAAGUUCAAUCUCCAGCAGGAAGUGAAAGCCACUGGGAAUUUUGCAGAAGGAGAUCUGUGGUUUCUCAGUGCUCCAUUUGCAUGACAACUAUUUUUACUACCUACUUUUUAUUCUUUUUUAAAAAUUUCCCAAGUGCUGUUUAACAGAGAGAUUUUCAACACAUUUUUAACACAGUCAUUUUAAUGGUAAUUUCUAUUAACUUAUUUCUAUUGUCUUUUCAUGAUGACAGUACAUAAUAUUUACUAGUUAUUUUGCAAGAUACUAGUAUUCAACUUAAAGUACAGUUUAAACUAGAUUAAUUCUGUUAAUAAAGCAAGUCUCUGGACAACAGUGGUUUGU